AUGUCUCGUCCAGAUGAUGGUCCAAUGAGAACUGAAGUGGAAGACGCUUUCAGGCAUGCUGGGGCGAGACCUCCACCCCUCAACCUUGUGAAGGACUCGGCCCAGGAGCCCAAGAGCCAGUCUACAGAUCUCACACCAGCAACUGCCAUCGAUUCUUCGAUUAAGAAAACAAGUAGUGGAGAAUACGACAGUGGCGAAUCUUCUCCUGAUAUCCCGAUCCGUGGUGUUUCGACUUUAACAUACCUUGCCACGUUUGCCUGCAACCUGAUUUACCUGGCUCAGACUUGGUGCCUCGUUGGAGUCGGUUUACUGGGGAUCACUAUCACAACCCAAUUUAAUGCAGCUGCGCAAACUUCCUGGCUGACAACAAGCAUUGCCAUUUGCCUUGCUGUAUUAGGCCCCAUCUUCUGCCAUAUUGCCGACUACUGGGGCCGUAAAUGGCUCUUGGUACUAAUGGGUUCUUUUCUUGGGACUGCGGGUGCACUCAUCCUUGCUCGAGCUACGAACAUAGGCAUGGCUCUAAGUGGAACAUGCCUCAUCGGAAUCUCUUUUGGUGGUCAGCCCGUCCUACAUGCCGUGGCCUCAGAAGUGUUGCCUAGGCGCUGGCGUGGCUGGUCUCAGGGCGCACUUAUGUGUUUCAGCUGUGUUGGUGCGUUCGUGGCUCUCGUUGUCGGCGGUCUUUUUAGCCGAUCUGGUGGUCCUGAUGGAUUUCGAUCUUACUUUUACAUUGGCGCAGCACUUUAUUUCAUCGCCGGUACACUGCUCCUCUUCGUUUACCGGCCAAGCCCCAGAGAUCUACAAACUCUCCCUUUGCGAGAGAAAUUGUCGAAGUUAGACUGGAAUCCUUAUCCUUGGUCAAGUCCAGUGGUCUAUGUACCAUUCGCGGUUGGUAUAUUUUUAAUGGCCUGCCUCGGAUUUUACGAGUGGAAAGUGAAAACGGAUGGCAUUUUGCACCAUGGCCUCUUUGAGAAGUCCCGCAACUUUCCGCUGACCCUUGUAUGUCUCUUCUGCGAGGGUCUUGCUUUCAUGAGUGCCAAUGCCUAUCUUGCUAGCGAGAUAUCAACACUAUUUGCAGCGGACCCAGUUAUGACUGGCAUCAACUAUGGCGUCGUGGCCGGCGCAAUAUGCACCGCGACGAAGAAAGUCCGCAGUAUAACUCUGACUGGAUUCAUAAUGUUCACAAUCUUUUUCGCGUUGAUGGCUUCCGCCGGUGCACAGUCCAGGGAGGAGGUCUGGGCAUAUCCGAUUUUCCUCGGACUAGGGCUUGGUGUAGUCACCAGCACACUUGUGACAACCGCACAGUUAUCGACUCCUCCUGAGCUCAUCGCUAGCGCAACGGGUAUCAUCAUAGGCAUUCGAGCCUUGGGAGGUAGUGUUGGUAUUCCGAUUUACACAGCCGUAUACAACAAUCAAUACUCGCGCGGUUUUGUUGCUGUGGCAGAAGCAGCCACCAAGGCCGGCCUCUCUGCGGAGACUGCUCAGCAAUUUGCUAUGGUUCUAAUGCAAACGUCCGGAAAUAGCAGUGCCGUGGCUUCCCUUCCGGGAAUGACAUCAGAGAUCAUUGAUGUUGGUUCCAUAGCGAGACUUGAUUCUAUUGCCCUAGCGUAUCGAUAUAUUUGGAUUACUGGUAUACCUUUCAUGCUGAUGGCCACCACAGUGGAGCAAAGCCGGAGGUUGACAGAGCAAGACUUUCACAACCGUGCUUUUGCGGCUCAAAUCAUUUUACAAGCCAAGGAAUACUGA